AUGAUGUCCGAACAUUCUGCAAACUCCUACCCAUUGAUGGUGAGUCCAUUGUUUUUUCUGGCCGUUUUUCUCGUUGACCUUUGAAAAUGGUGCUGUUUAAGUUUGUAUAUUUAUUUUUGGCAAUAAAUUAUAAUCUCGCGGUAAACUAAAAUUUUAAAUUUUUUUCUUCUUUUCGAGAGAGCACACAAAAUUGGGAGAGUCGAAAAGACGACAAAACGGGUUUUCGUUUAAAAAUUGUUUGUGUCCGCCAGGAAAAAUCGAAUUUUUUGCGGGCGCACACUUGCGGGCAACCACUUUGCGGGCAGCCAGUUUGCGGGCAAAUUUUUUGCGGGCAGCCACUUUGCGGGCAGCCGACAUUUGCGGCCAGCGCCGGCAUUUGCGGGCAGCCUGGGACAUUUGCGGGCAGGGUCGACACUUGCGGGCAGCCUGGAAGAUUUGCGGGCAGCCGACAUUUGCGGGCAACCGACACCUGUUUGUGAGAGUAACAGGGUGGACGUGCAAAAAUUACUAUGAUAUUUUGGAAAUUUCCCGACAUUUGCGGGCAGCCGACAUUUGCGGGCAAUCGGCGCUUGAGGAUAACAAGGUGGAGGUGGAAAAUUACUUCGAUAUUUUGGAAGUUUUCCGACAUUUGCGGGCAGGCAAUACUUGCGGGAAACCGACAUUUGCGGGCAACAGUUCCAAAAGUUCCUAUACAGUCUGUGUCAUUGUCUUUUCCUGUUGCCUGCAAAUGUCGGUUGCCCGCAAGUGUCCCAGGCUGCCCGCAAGUGUCUCAGCUGCCCGCAAAUGUUUCAGCUGCCCGCAAAUGUGACCCCCCCAAAUUUUGCCCGCAAAGUGGCUGCCCGCAAAAAAUUUGCCCGCAAACUGGUUGCCCGCAAGUGUCGCGACGCCGAAUUUUGGUAAGGAAAACUAAACUUGUCAGUCUGUCGGGAAAAUAAUGAGUACUCUGUGCCAUCGAAAAUGGCGUUGCCGCAUAGAAAAUGAAUUGUGUCGGGGAAAACUCAAAUUGCUUUUCACUUUUUACUUCAGCGAUCGGCGCAACGACAUUCUGCUCAUUAUGAAUUUAAAAAAUCCUAUCCUGGCACUUUGAGUACAAGUUGGGCCAAUCAAAACGAGUAAUUUUUUCUUUGAAUUUCUCCGCGGAGACUCCGCCGAUUUUCCCAAAAUUUAGAUUUUUCUGGAGCUGAGACCCGCCAUUUUCAACCGAUUGAGUUUCAAAAAUAUAUAUUUUGAGUUGACCUUUCUAUGUCUUCCCAAAGUUUUGAAGAAUUAUUUUCGAACCGAAACCGCCAAAUUUUUGGAACGAUUUUGAAAACUUGGUCGUUUUUUCGAGUUUUUUAGUGAAAUUUUCUUCGUCUUACCUGAGAUAAUUAUGUAUGUUAGUCGAAGAGAUAUCGGUGUCAUUGGGCAGUAGUUCAAAUGCCCAGCCUCUUACUUUAAAGCAUCUUUUUAAAGUCAUCACGUUUUCCUCCGCAGGAAGUAAAACGUGAUGACUUUUCAAUGGGGGGAAUCUCGCACCUAACCACGUGGUUGAACUUGAAAAUUUUUCAUGAUAACCCGUUUUAACGAUCGUUAAUUUACUCAUUUACUUGGAUUUCAGUCUGUAGGGAAAAUAAUGAGCCCUCUGUCGCAUCGAAAAUCGCAUCGCCGCCAAGAAAACGAACUGUGUCGCGGAAAAAUCAAAUUGCUUUUCACUUCAGCGACGCUAUUGCCGCAACGACAUUGUGCUCAUUAUUUUUCAGACAGACUGAUAUCGCACAUAAAAAUUUAUUUUCCGUGUUCAACAAAAAUGGCAAAUUUGUUAUUUUUUCUAAAAUUCAAACUAAAAAAUUUCGAAUUUACAGUCAUGCCCGUAUUUUACAAAUAAUAUUUUUGUAAGAUUUCCUACUAAUUUGUGCUCAUUAUUUUCCCGGCAGACUGAUAUAAGUCUCCUGCAAGGUCUAAAAAAUUGUUUUUACAUAGCCAACUUCUACUACACAAAAAAUUUUUUUUUGAGAAAUCCAAAUUUUCAAAUAUUAUAUAUUUUUCACUAUAGCCCAUAAUCUUCCUCCUAGUACAUAAAUUUUCAAAAAUCCCCGGGAAUCCCUUCGAAAGUUCUUCGAAAUUUCAAAAAUCCCAUUUCUCGUGACGUCGCCAUUUUUCGAAUUCCGUGGCAUUCUUGUUUCCGUAUAAUCGGCGAUCUGACCAUAAAAAACUCGAGAAUUCGCGUGAGUUUUUAGAGAAAAUUGUUCAAUCGCGCGUCAAAUCUGGCGCGUUUCGUCGAUGAAGCGGUAUUUUGGUGUUGCGGGGAGCGCGGGGAUGUUCGUCAGGGAACUUUGAUUUUAUUUUAAGCAGGAGUUUAUGUUGUAUUUUAGGCAAUUGGAGGCUUUUAUGAUAAUUUAUAUUGUUUUAGCCAUUGAUUUUUUUUUAAAUUACAAGUAAAAAUCGCAAAGUUGCGCAAUUUUUUGAAACUGAAAAAUUAGUAAAACCGUUUGCAAAAAAAACCGCCUCGGGCACGAUUCGGAAAUCUUGCUAAAAUUGGCCAUAAUUCUAUUGGUCUGUCGGGAAAAAAAUAGGAAGUGAAAAAAAAUUGAUUUUUCCCGACAUAAUUCAUUUUCUCGGCAGCGAAGCAAUUUUUCGAUGCCACAGAGUGCUCAUUAUUUUCCCGACAGACUGAUAUUGUCUUAAUUUUUCUUCAACGCAGCCGGCAAUUCUAAUAUAGCUCUAUAAUCUGCAGCAGCCACAGUGAUUUUUAGAUUUAAAGCCGCCCAUUACGCAGCUCUCUUUUGAAAUUUUAAAAUACGUUGUCUUUUAGGUCCAUGUCCAAAAUUUUGACAAAAUAAUCUUCUUUGUUUUUCACUUGAAAUUUGCAAGGAAACCUUCUUUUUUUGAAUGUUUCUCGCCUUAUCGAUAAAGCUAUUUAGUUGAAUUUAUAGCCGGUCAAGUCAAGCCUCUGUACAACAAAAUUCAAGUAUAUAACUAUUGAGACUUUUGAAUGCUUUGUUAUAUGCAGGUUUUUUGGGAGUCUCGCCUACUCAGAAGGACAAUGCUUUUGAAAAGCGCGAGCUAAAAUUUUAUGAGGUUUUUUGUGGCCUUUCUUUAAUCCUUAUAUAAGUCUGUCGGAAAAAUAACGGCGGAUCGUCGCGCCUCGGAAUCGUCCGUCAUCGCUUUGCGACGGCUGCCGAAGCUGGAGAUCUGGUGCGCGAUAGAGGCGAGGCGAGAUCUUUUGCUGCGACGAUCCGCCGUUAUUUUUUCGACAGACUGAUAUAAGGAUUAAAAGAAAACUCUCGAGAUCCUGCUUGGACAAUCAAUCUGCCGGGAAAAUAAUGAACACUCUGUCGCUUCGAAAAUCGCAUCACCGCCGGGAAAAUGAACUGUGUCGCGGUCAAAUCAAAUUUCAUUUCUCUUCAGCGGCAUGAUCGGCGAAAGCGCCGUUGUGCUCUUUAUUUUCCCGACAGACUGACACUGUACAUAAAAAUUUCUUUUGUGUGAUCAUCAGAAAUUGCAAAUUCGUUAUAUUUUCUAAAAUUCAGACUGAAAAAUUUUUGAAUCCUAGAUGCCCGUAUUUUACAAAAAAAUAUUUUUAUAAGAUUUUCUACAUUUUUUCCACUCACUUCCGCAUUCUAUUCUGCAUAUUUUUUUGUAACACUCUUUCCCAUUUUUGAUCGUUUUUCGAAAGCUGCCGAGCCCUGUUUCCAAAAUGCGGGGAAUGCCGUUGAAAGGCGGUUUUUAUUUAUGUCAAGGGUAUCAGUUUUUUUUGAGCGAGGGGGGAUUAGCCGGUUCCCCCCACACAACUGGAUAACCUUAACCUCUGAUAGUUGAAACAGAUCGGAUUUUUAAGAUCUUUGAAAAAAGAAAUUUUUGGUGACAUUUGAAACAAAUCGUAUUAUUUUCCUGUUUUAAAAAAAUUGACUUUCUUUCUGCUGCGGCUGAAAGAAUGAGGGUGAAAAAUCUGCUUUUCUGUUACCUUAUACUACUCGUAUAAGGUCCCGAUGCGGCGGUAUGACUGUCUUGAGACAAUUCUGCGACCAUAAUUGAUAUAUUAGAAACCUAAUAUUAUACAUUUAUAAGACUGAUAACCCACACCAAAAAAAAAAAAUAACUUUUUUUGCAGAUUUUUACCGUAAUUUUUUCCUCAAGAAACAGUUUUUCAUCUUGAGUGUCUCGAUGAAAAACAAAUUUUAGUUGGGAUUCUGACUCCUAGUAGCGUCUAAAAACACCAAAGUCGAAGUGCUUUUGGCUUUAUUCCGUAAGUUGUGGCCAACUUUCCCAACCUGCCCAAACUUUUGACGUACGUAUUUUAAAAAAAUUUUUUAAACCAACGAGCUUUCUGAUUUCCACAGCUUUUUCCGGUCAGCUGAAAGCGUCAUCUAGGAAUAUUUUACACAUGGCUUACAAGGGAAGUACCCCAAGUGCGACGCUUAGAUUUUCCUUAAAUUUUGCACACACGUCGGGCAUAGACUAGAUAUCAAUUUCUGAAGGUUUUAGCACGCGCUUUUCAGGCGCCGCCGAGAUAUUGGACGAUCUUCGCGGCCGAGAGAGUACGCUAAACGCGGAGAGCGGUCAGAGUGAAAAACGCUUUUUGGCUAUAACUUUGGCAGUUUAGUGCGGAAAAUUUUGAUUUUUUGCAGAAACAUUAUCCUCUACGGUAGAAAUAGGCAUGAAACUUUUCGCGCCAAAAUUCGGCAAAAAUUGCCAAAUUUUCGCCAACUUUCGAUCUAAAAACUCGGUUGUUUUUGCAAAGCGCGAGCUAGGAUUCUCGCAUCUGUCUUAGAAAAAGAUAUUCUAAAUUUGUGCCAAGUUUCAUCAAAAUCCGAGCGUCGCACUUGGGGUACUUCCCCUGUUAGAAUAAAAGACUGUAAAUUUUAGAUUAUUUUUAUUCAAUUCUGUUCGCCCCGAAUCAAAUUUUACUUCUUGCAAGUUCUGAAAUCGUUUUUUUUUUGCUAUGUUUGCUUCACUCCUUGUAGAGGAGUUUCAUUGUGAAAACUGCUGUUCUGAGGUCUGUAAAUUUAUUGUUCACAAGUCUGUUUUUAUCUUUUCCUAUUUCAAAGAUGACUUUUUGUUUACGUUUUUCCUGUAGUAUUCUCCGCUGCAACAUUACAAAAUGUCAUCUCAAAUCAUCAUCGGUGGGAGGGAGUGCAGAUCGCGUACAUUUUUAGAAUUUUGGGGUCAAAUCGAGUUGCUUUUUUUAGGAUUAUUGUGCAUAAGAGAAAGUGUUUUCUUGAGCUUGUAAAGGAAAUUGGAACAUUAUUUUUUUAGGGUAUUUUUAGCAACUAUAAUAGUACAGUAUAGUACAGUACUGUGGUCAAAAAAAUGUUCAUAUUUUUUAAGGGCAGGGACCAAGAAUAACCGUAUUUUACCGUCAAAUACUUCUAUUGAAUGGACUUUUAUAUUCACUAUCAAACAACAAACGUCAAUAAUUUCAUGCCUGUUUUAUGCCGGAAGGAAGAUAGGACAAAAACAUUCUUUACGGAACUCCAAUUAAAUCCGCAAUUACGCCCACUUUUAAUGAUAAGCUUGCACUUGACCAGGAAAGUAGCCUCAAUUAUUUAGUUCUUGUUUUUUUACUAUUUUUAGAUGCAAUUUUUGUCCGCAACACUCUCUACCAAGAGAGUUCAGCGACAAGAUUUCUUGGCUAACAGAAAAAGCACUUCUUUCAAGGGAAAGUACCAUAAUUGCGACGCUCAGAUUUUCUUUAAAUUUUGCAUUCAUUUUGGACAUUGAUCACAAAUCAAUUACAGAAACUUUUAGCACUCGCUUUACAAAGGCAGUCAAGAAUUUCAACAAACUUUCGGGCCGAGAGAAAAAAGGAAACAGGUAGAGCGGUCAGGGAGAAAACAAUUUUUGGCCAUAACUUUACUAGUUUCAUGCGGAAAAAAAAUAAUUUUUCUGGGAACAUUACCUUUGAUGGCAGAAAUAUGCAUGAAACUUUUCAUGCCAGAAUUUGCAAAAAAAGAUUUUUACCAAAUCUCGAGCUAAAAAUCUCGGUCGUUUCUGCAAGCUGUGAGCUAGGAGCCUUGUAUAUAUUUAUCUUUAAAAAAGUUAUUUUAAAAUUUUGAUAGCCUUAAACUUGCAAGCCAAAAAUUGGAAGUAUGUCUUUUUUGACAUGUUCCGGUCAAAAAAAUUCGAUAAUUUCUGAAAAACAAGAGCAAGAUGUCUUGCUGUCUUGCCUAUUUCUGACAAAAUUGUGCUGUAAAUUCGCCCUAUCUUUUAUCCAAUUCUGUGCGCACAUCGUCAAAGGCAGUUUUAAAGGUAAUUUUUCUUCAUACCUUUGCCAGAUUUGGGUGCCUUUUUUUAAUGAAAAAGCUAUGGCGCCAGAUUCACGUAUUUUAAAAAUUUUAUUCAUAAACCUUUUCUACACUACAGUAGCCUAACGUAACGCUGAUAAUUGACUUAUUUGCACCUGCUUUUCACAUUGUUUUCACUCCAAAUUUCACCACGGUGUUACAGAUUUUUUUACAGUCAAAUUUGAGGUCAGACUCUGUUGAUUCCGUGACGUCAUCGAAUUAACUGUGAGAAAAAAAUCUUGUGAAUUUUCAAGGAUUUUUUUGAGACGUUUUUCUGCUCUUUGUAAGACUUUUUUUCCAAAAUAAAAACUAUUUUUGGAAUGUAUCAAAAAAGGAAUUUUUUUGAAAUUUGAUUCGAUUUGUUAUACCAGCAGCACUUUUUUUUGUGUUUAUAUUUUGACUGCGAAGAGAAAAUAUUGUAAUCGUAAUAAGCGUAUGAUAAACAUGAACAGCUGGGUAUCUAUCUUUCAAAAAUUUUUUUCUAUUUUUUGCAAAAUUUUUGUCUAAAAUUGCUGUAAACGGCUUUUUCAAUCCCACUAAAAAAUUUGUUUUAUUAUUUUCACAUGUAUAAAAUACUAUUCUUUCGUUCGCAAACCAUUUUUUGCAAGUUUGCCGGCUUGCAACAGAAUGCCAAGAUUUUUCAAAGUUGGCGGGAAAUUUGAAUUUUCAAAUUUUAGGAUGGUUUUUGAGGCUUUUAAGAUGGUGUACAGUAAUUUUUAGCAUUUUUUUUGUUUUCUGAACUAUUUUUUAGAUCAUUUUUUAGCUUUCUUUUCCAUUGCUUUGUCGUGAAACAGAAUGCCAAAAAAUAGGCAUCUUAUGUAUAUUCCAUCAAAAAAUUUUCAAAUCUCUUAAUUUUUUAAUAGACGCUCUAAAUAGAAAACCGUAUUUUACAAUUUUCAAGCGUAUUUUACAUUGUAUUUCCGAAAAAUAUCCAUUUUUGAUAUUGUUUUUUGUUUUUGAAAUUUUUUCAAUUCAACUGCUGACUCAAAUUAACUUAAAUCUUUUAUUUUGCAAAAUUUCCCAACCUUUUUCAAGUUCAUGAACGAAAAACAUUGCGUUCGUUUCGAUUUUCCGCUGCCUCAAAACACAACUCAAAGCAAAAAGCAUUACACUAUCUUUGAAUGAUCACGUUGACUGCAACGUCUCCUUCUACGGCAGUUUUCCGUUCAUUUUUAACUUUUCUUUUCAUCGAUUCUUAUGAAAUUUGAUGUUUUCGAAAGAAAAAUUUAUAUUUUCAGUGCGUAUUUUUUAGUUAAAUUUUGCAUACAAGUUGGGCGUAGGCCACACUUCAACUCCUGAAAAUUGUAGCUCCCACUUUGAAGGAGCAGGCAUCAAACGAUCUCUGUUACUGAGAGAGUACGCAAAAUUCGGAGGGCAGUCAGAGAUUGGAGACAUAUGACUUCUUUCGGUCAUAUCUCUGCCAAUUUUGCGAUGAAAAAAUCAGUGCUGCAUACAAGUGUGGUUCAGCAGGCCCCCAACCUUAUUUCAAGCAUUUCUCCGCCAAUAAUGCUUCAAUUUCUAUAAAAUUUAUAUCAAAUUAAAGCUGAGGUACCCCGUUUUUUGUCCACCAAAUAUGACAUGCUCAAGUUUGUGGAGGCCCCCGUACUGACCUUUGACAUUUUCAUUCCAAAUUUUUGAGCACGAAAUCGGUGAAACUUAGAAAAUUUGGACUCCCUCGGGCCGGGGCCGAAGAAAAAAUGGUAAAGGGGACCAAGGUUGACUUUGAUUUUCUAUGAUUUUUUACGCGGUAACCCCUCCCCUCCAGGCAAUCUCAUCCUCUAAAUUUUCGGUCAGCUACGACUCUGGGCUUGAUCGUGGCAAAAAAAGCGGUUUUCUCUCUGACCGCUCUCCGCAUUUGGCUGACUCUCUCGACGAAAAAGAUCGUUGAUUAUCUUGGCUUGAAGUACCAAACACAUUAGUAAUUUUUGUAUGUAUAUCGUCUAAAAACAAGGAAUGUUCGAAUUGUAAAGAAAAGCUGAAAAUUGCAGUUUUAUUAAUAUUUUUUUGCAAUGCCAAAACGUUAUAAGACAAAAUGAUCGCAAAAAUUUAAAGUCUUCUUUUUAUUCGCUAACUUUUUUUAACAACAAAAGUGCAAGCCAAUUUUCUGAUUCAUAUAAACCAACUUAUUAAUCAUCAUUCCUACCCAAUUUCCCCAUUGACUUUUUGCUCUUUCCCUAGUUCCGUAACUCCUUUCUUACUGUACUUUUUUCAACCCGUAUUCCAUGAAAUUACUCAUGUUUUAAUUUUUAAUUCAAAAAUCAAAAAAUAAUUGCAAAUUUAACGAUUUCCCACCAAAUUUCGCAGUGAAUUGAGUGCUUUACAGUCUCAAAGUUUCCCCAUUCCUCAUAAAAACCGAAUCAGCAAUCUUUGACAGUCGGAGUCAGCAGCCAAUUGCCCCUCCAUUAAUGAGGGUUUUAUGGCGCUAUAAGCGAGUAUAAAGUCAUAAGCGGGAAGGUGGCGGUAGCGACUACAAUAAUGCUUCAAGGUGAUUGACUUUUGGGUUGGCGGAAGCGACUGUGACGGGACUUUGAAUAGGACGAAUUGAGUGGGACGGGAAGGGGUAAUAUGUCCCUAUUUUGGAUAUUGUAAACUAGUUCAUUUUUCCAAUAAGUUAUUGGGCGAAAAGUCACUUCGAUGAAGACGUUUUCUGGCUUGAAAAAAAUGCUGCUUUUGAAUCGCGCUUUUCACAAAAUUUCCUAUUUUUUUCAAUUUUUUUGUCUGUUGUAUCGAUAAAAACCGAGAGAAAUAAUAGCGAAAUUCUGCAUGUAUGCUGAUGUUAAUCCUUUCUGAAAGUCGCCGAACUGAAAAAAAAAUAUGAAAACAUAACAUGUUGAGAAAAAGGAGAGAAAUCUCAAAGGACUAUUUUGCCCAAUUUAGGUUGGUAAAAUACGGUGUGCAGCCUUUCGAAAAUUCGCUGGACUGAAAUCGGCGACAUGCACUGUGCAAAAAACAAAAAUUUUCUUUGCACCGUGCAGUAGGCUUUUUUUGGCUGUCGCUCUCAUCCUGAUUUUUUUCGCACAGUGCAAACGCCAAAAAUCAGUCCGGCGACUUUCCGGAAGGAGUAGCAAUUAUCGACCUUGUUUUUGCGGCUGAAGAGAAAAAAAACUUUUUUUUUGACAUUUCGUUACAGAGCGACCCAAAAAAUGGAAACUUUUUUCCAUGGGUCCUACCACGAAAACCUUGAGAUGUAGCCAAAUAAUUUUUUCAUCGUUAAAUUCUCCACAUGUCAUUAGAAGUGUUCUAUGAUACUGAUAUCGAUCACUGCUUUGGCUAAAUUUGUUUAGUUAACUGAAAUAUGAUUAUAAAUAUGAGUUUCCAUUUUUUGGGCCACCCUUUAGUAGUUGUACUGGCCUUUUUAAACAAAAUUUUUUUCCCGCCCCACACAUUUUUCUACCCAAUACUAUUAUUUUUUGUCAUAAAAAGUUCUUUUUUUACAAUGCGAUUUAUAAAUAGUAAGUUCAUAAAACCAAUUGUUUUGUUUUGUUUAGAGUUAUAAUAUAUAAUACAUCAAACAUGCGCAAGUGCAUCAUUGUCAUCAUUUAAGGCUUAAAACGCAAAGAUCGGUGGUCUCCGUGACAUUCUCGGUCAUCUUAAACUGUGUCCUUUACACAAGUUAUUCAUUUCGUUAUGAGAAAUUGCUUUUCCCGUUUGGGAAAAGUAAUCAUUUCCAGUUUUCUUUCGGGUCGAUGGGAUCUUUGCGUUUUAUAGUGCGGAAAGUUGUUGAUUCCUAGGUUAUUUACCCAAUAUGGCCUAUCAAAGAGGAUUUUUAUGGUCCUUUUUUGACGGAGGAACUAUCUCGUAUUUUACAAUAAGAUCUCAGCUAAUUUUUUUAUUUUUUUAGAAUUUUGUUUACCUUCUUUAUCAUCCUUUUUUAUUUAUCAAGUUAUUGAAGUUUUAACUUCAAUAAAACGUACUUUACAAGCUUGAAAAAAUAGAAAAAUCAAAAAGCGAUAAGCAGAGAUAAUCAAACAAGGUAAUUAUCAUUCUGUCGGGAAAAUAGUGAGCACUCUGUCGCUUCAAAAAUCGCAUCGCCGCCGAGGAAAUGAACUGUGUUGCGGCAAAAUCAAGUUGAUUUUCACUUCAAUGACACCAUCGGCAGAGCGACAUUUUUCUCAUUAUUUUCCCGACAGACUGAUACUUAUUGUUAGGGUAGCGUUUCCAAGGUCCUGCACAGUCAUUUUUGAAUAGAGCUUUUACGGGGCUUGUGUGGUGUCUGAAGAAUAGUAGACACAAGUUAGAAGGAAGGUUUAUUGAGACCACCACACACAAAGAAAGAGAAAUGAGAUUCAUCUUCUAAUUGAUGACGAGACAUAGCUUUUAUAUGACUUGGUUUAUGCUAAUUUCUGUGGGAAUUGUGGAGGCUUUUGAGGCUUCACAACAGCUUGGAGCACAAAAUUCCCAAAACAGCUUUUUUGCUUAUUGUACCGUUAACAAUGGAAAGAAAUUAUGGUGGCAUUUUACAUGUAUUAUACAUACAUGUACACAGUGGUAAUCAUUUUAAUGUCAUCAUUUUUGCCGCCUUUGUUUUCGCGACUGGAGACAAAAAAGACUUUUUUGGAAAUUUCGCCGUAAAAAUCGCGUUUCAAAAGAAGCUGUAGUGUUUAUUAAGACAUUUGGGAGAUUUUAACUAACGCUUUGCAAAACCUCAAGCUAUUGGACCUUAUUUAUCAGGUCUCACAUCCGAAGCGUUUCUCUUUCUACGAUUAUGGACCUGAUCCAGUGGCAAAAAACGUAUCAUUUUGCAUCCGGGAAGCGUCAAAAAUGCGGCAAAAUGCUUCCCUCUUCAAAUGAAAAAACUUUGUUUUGAACAACGCGCUUUUCCCUCACAAAAAAUACGGCGCGCUUUUGAAAUCGGAGUUUUUUCACUUGGAGAGGGAGGUAUUUUGCCACUUUUAUGAUACUUCCCGGAUGCAAAAUGGUACGUUUUUUGCCAAUGGAUCAGGUCCCCCACUCAAUAAAGCCCUCUCUUGUCCAAAUUCCGUAUUUUAAAACUGUUUCUAUACUUAUUUAGGUACAACAGCGCUCAAAAUAAUCAGUAAUCAUUUCACUCCCUUUUUUAUCUGCAUUUUGUUAUUGAAACCGAUUCUUAAUCAACCCUCUCCCCUUCCAAUUUGUGUGGUCUCUUAUCUCAUCUGCUAUGCUAAUUUUUUACCCACUUCGCUCUACUAAUGAGCAAUUAAUUCGGGGUCAAGUGGCUGCCAAAGGUCAUGACAAAUGAGGAAAAAAUCAAAUAAAAAAGUUGAAAUUUGCUGAAGCACUCGUAAAAAGUAAUGAUUUAAGAAGCGGCCGGCUUCUGAUUUCGACGGCUAUUGAUCUUAUGGGGGUCUGGAGAGCAGUUGUUAAUGGCAUUGUGGGGUAUUGUAGGGUAUAUUAGACUAAAAAACUGGUUGGUAAGGGGGGAUAUUUUGAUUUUUUUUUGAUUUUUGAGAAAAAGAAAAUGAAUUUUUGCAAUUUUUAUAGGAUUUUUGAUUAAAAAACUAUUAUCGAAUACUGUAAAUAUAAUAUUAUUACAUUUUGAAGUGUAAUGGUAGUCCAUUUCAUCGUUUAGAUAUCAAAAAUCCCUUGAAAAAAAGAGAAAAUAGCAGAAAAAUCGCAAAAAAUGGCAAAAAAGUUGAAUUUUUUAGUAAAAUACGUCGAUUCAAGCGAUGAUAUAACCAUGAAAUUGAAUAUCCUUUCAUUUUAAGCAAUCCACUAUUCCGAUUUUUCAAUUUAAAAGUAAAUGAAAAGCAAAAAAUUCAAAAAGGAGUCAAAAUUUUGCCAAGAAAAAAAAAAAAUUUUCCUUAGGGCAUGAAAUAAAAAUCACAACAGAGGGUGAUUUUCUAGAUACUAGAAGUCAUUUACUACCGAGAUGACUCAAAAUCUACCUUAUUUUUUCCACUUUUACCCAUCAAUUUGACUCUUUAUCUUAUCCAUCCAUCUAGACCUCUACAAUAAUAUAAAAGUCCAUUUUUGCCCAAAAAUUGUGCUAAAGAACUCGCAAAGCCUUUGUAAACCUCUUUCCGCUUGCUUACUAUUCCCAAAACUUUGGAUUAUUGUCCAUUUUAAGCGUCUUUUAUCAGCUGAAUUGGAGAAACUUUUCCGGAGCCUUUCAUUCUCCGUUUUAUCACCGCCGAACACACAAGCGACGGGAACGGAGAAGCGAAUCGUAAUAAUUGAUGGGUGUGGAAGGGUUUCAGACCGUGUCGACGACGUUAGAUCAUCGAAGCAACGGUUUUUUCGUGUGAUCUUGACGGAAUCGAAAAAAAACGUCAUUUUUCGAUGAAAGUUGGGGUUAGUGGAAGGUUGGAGUACUUUUAUGGCGCGAAUAAAUAAUCAAUAAAUUUUUUGGGGGUAUAAAAAUGUUUACGGGUCAUUCAGAAAUAGAUUGCUAUUGUGGGGAAACUUUUUUUUUAUUUAAAAAAUUCACAAAGGUGUUCGCGGCGCUACGACUUUUCGGGUCAAUGAUACUUUGGGUCUCAUUGAUUCGUUCGUCCCUGUAUGCAUGGUGAUGCCCUAGAAGACUUAGUUAAUAGAAAUAAAAAUAUUGAUCAGGUAUCAGGACAGUUUAUCCCUUAUUUUGAAGCAUUUUACAUCUAUUACUACAUAAUAAAUAUCUGGAUACGUAAAACUAACGGAUCUUUGUUUUUACAGUAUUGCGUACUUUUUAUGUUAAACCGUUUAGCUCAGGGUCAAGAAAAAUAAGGUUAGCAAUAGCUAAGAUUAGAAAAAGUAGGUAUACUGAAAGUCUCCGCCGACCUUCGCCGAUCAUCCAACGACUUUUCCAUUGGAUGCUCGGCAGAAACUUCCUACAGUGACGGACCUGAUCCAGUGGCAAAACAGUACCGUUUUGCUUCCGGGACGUAUCAAAAAAUAUAGCAAAAUGCCUCCCUCUCCAACUAAAGAACUCCUCUGUUUUGAAGGGUCGUUUCGAGCACGUACCAUUUUGCAUCCGGGAAGUAUCAAAAAAUGUGGCAGAAUGCCUCCCUCUCCAACUAAAAAACUCCGUUUUGAAUAACGCGCCCUUUCCCUCACAAAAAGAGCGGGUGCGCUUUUGAAAUCGGAGUUUUUUUUCACUUGGAAAGGGAGGUAUUUUGCUACAUUUUUUGAUACCUCCCGGAUGCAAAAUGGUACAUUUUUGCCACUAGAUCAGGUCCGCCGCUGUACAAAGUCUUGUAAUUUGUUUGCAACAAAGGUUUUGACAAAUUAUGAGUUUAUUUUCCUCGUGAAUACCAAAAACAUGAUCAAUUUAGUUCUAGAAGGUUUCAAUAGACCACUAAAUAUUAUGUUGCGACGUUGUUUACUAUAAACUAACAAUACAGAUUACGUUUCAGCAAGAACUCAGAAAUCCGAAAGUUUACAAAAGUUUUUACCUUACGUCUCAAUGGGAAAACUUUCGUCAUUUUUCGUCCAACAUUUUUUGGGCUUAGGCAGUACAUUAAACAGUAUUAAUGAAUAAUUAAUGAAUGUAAUUGGCUUUAUUAAACGGGAAGGGCCAAAAUUUUUUCUUUUUUGCAUAUUUUUUCAAAAUUUCAAAAUUUUUAUUUUUUCACUAUUACUUCAUUUCCACAGAGGACAAUCAUUGUGACCUUUUUGUUAGGCAAACAACGUCUAAAUAACACCCUCAAGACCAUUUUUUGACAACAAAAGCGAACUUAAUGGGAUUUUAAUCGAAGCUCGUGGAAAAUUCGGGGGGCUUUCACAGCUUUCUUAUCAAUUAUCACGUCGUUUGUGACGUGUCGAUUUGUUUGAAUGUUGUUUUUGUUCCAGCGCGGGAAGGCAGCUAUAUUAGGGAAGUUAUAAGUCGGUUUUUGAAUAGAGGAUAAGCGAUUUCUUUGGGGAGAAAAUGCAAAUUUUUUUGAGGAGUUUUUUGAUUUUCCAUCAUUUCUAUGGCCUCUAGGGCUUUUACUUUGAUUUUGUAUUGCUCUAUGGUAAUCUACAGUGUCACAGAAACAUAAAAAUACGUCAUCUUUGAUUUUGGAAAUUUACGAAAAUUUACAAAAACUUUUGCACUACGAUCUAGUGCAAAAACUUUCCAAAAUUUUCGUCAAAUUAAUUUUUAUCAAAUAAGCUUUGAAAACAGACUUCUAUUGACGAUAAAUUCCUGAAAAAACUUUAUAAAAAUCCAUGGACAUUUUUUCUCUUUCGCACAGUGCAUCAUGAACUCUUUCCCACACUUGUCGCCAACGCACAGUGCAUUUUUUCACUUGCACUGUGCAAACCUCAAUUUUUUCCCUUUGCACUGUGCAAACCUCAAAAAAGCCGUUUGCACUGUGCAGAUUUUUGAUCAAUGUCGCUGCGAUAUCUUGUCGCACAGUGCAAAAACUAAAAAAAAUCCAAUGCACAGUGCAAGAAAUGAAGGUGUUUGUGCACGGUGCGGGGCGCGACAAAUGUCCAUGCACUUUAUGAAAAUAAAUACUAAUAGCAUUUUCAUAAAGUGCGUAGACUUUUGCACUGUGCACUUCGCUUUUUUCAAAACAUUUUGCACUGUGUAGUUUAUCUUUCUUUCCUGCACAGUGCGGCACGACAAAAAGUCUACAAACUUUAUGAAAAUGCUAAUAGUAAGCUUACCAAAAAGUUACAAGCCUUUUUUCUCGUUCUUCUACUUUUUCGACUACCUUUUUGAACCUUUUACAAGCGAAUUUUACCGGUUUUUAACUUUUUUCAAAUACCCGAAAAUUUACAAAAAUUUUUACACUACGAUCUAGUGCAAAAAUUUUCCUAAAUUUUCGGCAAUUUUCAUCUUGUCAUAAAGGCCUGUAAACCUUGUUGUAACUGACGUAAAAUUUGUAAAACAGAAAUUUCAAAGCAUUUUCUCUCCCCUCUCUUUAUUUACCCUUCCAUUUUGAAUAUUUUCCCUCCGAAAUUUAUGGAUUUUUACCCAUUGUAAUUCCCUAUUCCAUCCGCAGAAAAAAGUAGCGUUCCGUUUUCGAAGUAGUGGUUUCAUACCGCGCUCCACAUCCAUCCCACCGCAAAAGUGGGAUAGAUCGCGUUUCGUUGACUCAGAUUGCGCAAAAUCGCCUGCAUUUGUCUUACCUACAUAUUAUCCUUGAGAGAAACGGGAUUCUCCUUGGGGUUCGUUGACCGCUUGGACUGGAUUUUCUCACGGAGGUAUUCACUGUCUAACUACUGUAGAUUGACGAGCAAGGUGGGAUGAGGUGUUUGGAGGGGUUGGAUGGCUUGGGUGGGGUAAGGGGGGAUUUUUUUUGUUUUUGAAAAAAAUUAAAUUUUUGAAUUUUUUUGAUUUUUUGAGGAAAAUUGAGAGAAAAAUUAGUUCGAAAGAAAUUUUUUUAGUCUUACUGUAACAAAAAAAAUAUUUUUCGAAAAAAAAAUAAAACUUUUUUUGUAAUUCAAAAAUAUUUUUUUUUCGUAUUUUAGAAAAUCAAGUACUUUUUUGACGUCUACCGCCGUAUUUUACAUUAUUAAAAACAAUAAAAAAUCAAAGAAAUUUAUCUUAAAAAAUUUUAGAAAUAAUUUUUUUGAUUUUUGAGUAAAAUUGAGAGAAAAAUUUGUCUCAAAAAUUUGUCUUUUUAGUCAUACUGUAACAAAAAAAAUAUUUUUCAAAAAAAAAAUAAAAAAAAAUUUUUAAUUCGAAAAUUUUUUUUUCGUAUUUUAGAAAAUAAAAUCGCACUUUGGUAAGAUAUGUCGUAUUUUACAUUUUUUAUUUAUUAAAAAAUCAAAAUAAUAAAAAAAUGGAUUUCAAAAAAAAUGUUAAAAAUAAAAAAAUUUUCAAAAAAUCCCCCCUUGUGCGACCCAAAAAUCCCUCUAAUCCCCUCCACUCCUUCCAAUUCUAACCCUUUUUUACCACGCCUUCAGCUGAAAAAAAUGUCAUCGCCGUUGCUCGGAAUGCGAAAAACUGGCUCGGAUCCAGUGACGUUUCGCCAAAAAACAGUGAGUAAAAGACGUUUUUUUCACAUUGCGAAUAGAAAACGAUUCAGAGUGAUCGGUGAUUUCAUGGUCAUUCGCUUGAUCAAGUGGGUUGCUGAUGAAAUUUUGUCGACAAAAUAGUUUUGCCGAUUUAUUUUGCUGCACUUGGAAGUUGAGAGGGGAAAAAUAGGAGAAAAAGUUGAUUUUUUGUUUGAAAAAUGGUCUUUAGGACUUUGAGUUUGAUUUUUUAUUGUUCUAAGGUAAUCUACAGGGUGAAAGGAAGGUAAAAAUAGAAAAAUAAAUGGUCUAGGGUAAUCGAAAUUUACGAAAAUUUACUAAAAUUUUUACACUUCGAACCAGCGCAAAAACUUUCCUAAACUUUUGUCAAGUUACUAUUUACUAAACAAGCUUGAAAAACAGGAUGCUAAUGUGUAGUAUGACUGGUAAAUUGUACACAACAUUUUUUAACCCCAUUUUUCGCAUCUUUUUUUUUACUUUUAACACCAUUUUGUAUGUCUUUCUUGAUCUAGCCGAUUUAUUUUUGUCUCACUUGGCUAUCAAGUAAUAUAAAAACCAAGUAAAAGAUUGUUGAUUGAUUUUCACCUCCGUACAACAAACCCUGUUGGUCAAUUUUAGGCCGAAAUGAAACCCCAUACAACAAAACGCUUUUAUAAAAAAUCAUCUUUUGGUCGCUUCUGCUUUUUUGUCGUGAACCGCACCGUCCACAAAGCCCUUUUUUUGCACCGUGCAUUUCACCGUUUGCACCGUGCAAGUAAACUAUCGCAGCGACGCAAGCUUUUUUGUCAACAGAGGCGGCGUAAAUUUUGGGCGUGCGAAGAGAAAUUGCACAGUGCAAAAUGACGUCCAGCAACAUGCACCGUGCGGUGCGAAAAAAAGGUCGCGGAAAUGAUUUUCGGCGACAUGCACUGUGCGAAAACAAAAGUUGACUUUGCACCGUGCAAUUUGUUGUUUUUUGCACCGUGCAAUAAGCUUUUUUGGGCUGCCGCACCCUGGCUUUUUCUGCACAAUGCAAACGCUAAAAAUCAAUCUUUAUUUCACUCUGAAACAUAUUACUGAGCGAGUAAGUCGCCGAGUUUCACUGAUUUUUUACUAUGUUGAAAAUUUAUGGUUUUUUUCUAGUGCAAAUGACCCAAGGAUUUAUCCAUGAAUUUUUGUCAAAUUUUUUUUUCUCUGGGCGACUUAGUAUAACUAAUAUUUUUUUUGGUAUCUUGCAAUUCGUUGUACAGCCUACACAUUUUUCUAAAUAAUAUUUUAACGAUUCGUACGGAAGCACGUCGUAAAUUGACGAAAAUUCGAGUAAGUUUUCGAAAAAACGACGAAACGAGCGAUCAGGUUUUCUAUUUGAAGUCUUUUCUGUUGACCUUAUUUGGGGGUUACGUUCGUAAAAUAUUUUUUUUUUAUAUUCUUAGCGUUUUACGUCAAGUUGUUUUUUUUAAACGUUGAGUUCCAUUACCUCAAUAAUUUAGUAUUUAUUAUGCCCCAUAAGUCUCAAAAAAAUAUAUUUUUUUUUACUUUAUUGAGCUUGGAAUUCCAAUUCAGAAACUCUGCGGGGAUUUGCAUUUAGGGUUAAAAGAAAUGAGAAAAAAUAUUUGUUUACGCUGCAAAACAGUCGCAAAAUGAAUUAAAUUGAAAAAUAAAAAUUUAUUUUACAAUGAAAGCACUUUUUUGAAAUUGAAAUUUUGCGGGAUUUCUGAGUAUUACGCUUUUUCAAAAGUGCGGAGACAUUUCCCGGCCUUUUUCGGACCGCACCAUGCAUGUUGCGCGACGAAAUCCAUUUUGCACUGUGCAAGUUCUUUUCGCACGCCCAAAGUUCGCAGCGACACAGCUGAGAAAAGCUUGCGUCGCAGCGAUAUCCGGUUGCACAGUGCAAAAGGUCAAAUGCACCCCGCAAAAAGGAGGUUUGUGCACGGUGCGGCCCACGACAAAAUGUCUCUGCACUUUUGAAAAAGCGUAUCGGUCUGUCGGGAAAAAAACGGCGGAUCGUCGCGCCUCGGAGUCGCUCAUCAUCGCUCUGCGACUGCAAGCCGCGGCUUGAGAUUUGGUGCGCGAUAGCGGCGAGGCGAGGCAUUUUGCUGCGACGAUCCGCCGUUAUUUUCCCGACAGACUGAUAAUAAAAUAUACGUAAUAAGGGGUUCAAACGCCAAAAAAUUGGGGACCACGGUGAUGACGUGCAGUUUUUAAAAAAAAAAUAUUUUUUAUUUUUUCUUGUCCCAAUUGGCAAAUUUCAAAAUUUUGUAUCCUACAUCCUUAUGUAACAUGUAUAACAAAAAUAAAAUCAAAAAAAUUUUCAAAAAAAUUUUUUUUUUGAUUUUUUGAAACCAAAAAAUUCCGCAAAUAUAAUUUUUCAAAAAAAAAAUUUUUUUACAAAAAAAUUUCUUUCAAAAUUUCAAAAAAAUAUAUUUUUUUGAUUCCUUCAAUCCAAUUUAUUUUUAGCGUUCUCGCAAUUUGCAUAGAGUUUACAUGACUGUUCUAAACGAACUCUCUCUUUUCAGGAGCUCAAUAAUCCCGAACCCCGCCCACAUUCAGACACCGUCGGAAUCAUGGGGCUAAAGUCGGAACGCAAGGCCUUCCCGCUCAAACACUGCGAUUACGAGAUGGCAUUCCAGCGAAGUAUGAAAAAUGACGUGUCGCGGUGAGUGAAAUCCUUCCAGAAAAAUCGAUUUUUAUUCAUUUUUUGAGGGUUUUUUUUGGAAAUAGGAAAAUUUUUGAAAAAUUUAUGGGGCAAAUUACACUAGAAACUAUUCAUAAACUUUAGCAAAAAGCUUUGUAAACGUUUUUUUAAUUGAAAUUUUCGCUUUCGCACAGUGCAGAAACCCAAAAAAAAGCAGGUGCAACAAGUGUCUAUGAACUUUAUGAAAAUACUAGUACAAGCAUUACUAGUUCUUCCAGAAUGUCGCCGGACUGAUUUCGGCGACAUGCUCUGUGCGAAAACAAAAGUUCACUUUGCACUGUGCAAUUUCUUGCUUUCUGCCCCGUGAAAUAAGCUUUUUUGGGCUGUCGCACCCUUAUUUUUUCUGCACAGUGCAAACGCCAAAAAUCAAUCCUCUUUUCACCCAUCAGCGAGUAAAUCGCCGAGUUUCACCGGUUUUUUUCUGUGACGAAAAUUUAUGGUUAAUUUCUAGUGCAAAUUACCCUAAAAUUUAUCCAUGAAUUUUUGUCAAAUUUUUUGGUAGGUUUUUGGCAAAUGGCAAAACAUUGGCUAGUAAAUAGAUGAGAAUUUUUGUUUCAUGGUCAGUCGAAGUCAAUUAGACGUCUUUAGUCCAACUACAUCAAUGUUCCAACUUUGAAAAUUCACAAAAAUUGAUGAUUUUUUUUACAUACAGGGUGGUUCAGCUAAGCUCGCGGAUGUAAAAUGCUUAUAACUUUUUAUAGGAUUGUUCAAUUUUUAUGAGCAAUAGCUCGUUUUAUUCCUUAGUAGUUGCCAUUUUGUUUAAAAAAAAGGUAUUUAAAAAUGAUCAAUCCUACGUCGAGUUAUGACCCUUCAAAGUCAAACAUGCUUUUUCACGUAAAUUUUUCAAAAAUCCUAAUUUUCAAAAAUUUUUGAAUAAAAACUGAAAAAAAUGUAUUAAAAACCGAAAAAAAAAUUGUCAAAAAUUACGCUGAAAAGACCAAGAAUAUGAUUUCCAAAAUACAACCAUAAACCCCUAAGACAUUUAUACAGGGUGCGCCAAAAAAAAUGGACAAAAAUUUUUUGCCAAUAUCUGGCUCUGGGUCAAGGUAUUUGGGGAAACGUUUAGAUGGAAUAAAUAGCGACGUUCAAGCAAUAUAUUAGCGGUAAGAACGGAGGUAUAACUUUAUCUCAACUUUUUUCUUGGGAGUUCAAGUUGACCAUGUUCUGAUCGCAAUUCUCGAAAGCGUGUCGUCUGGAAAGUGAGGCAUAAAUAUUUUUUGAGGCGUCACGAAAACUUCAAAUAAAAGUUCUCCAAUUCGUUAGGAUCUUUACUAUCACAUACAUAAAGGAAUAGUAUUAGUAACCUUUCAUUUCAAUACUAUGGACAUCCAAACUUGAGUAGCAGAGGCAUUAAAAUAAAACCCGAAAUUCCGAAAACCAGAAAAAAUAUUGUAGUGAGAAAAUGAUGAGGCUUCGGGCAACUGUAAAGUUUUGAGUUAAUUCCCGGCUGAGGACUUACUGAACACACGGAUUUUUUGCUUUUCAGCGUCGUCAUGCUUGGAGGUAGUGACAAAAUUCCAAAAAAUGGACGAAAACCGGAGAUUUUUCUUUAAAGAUAUGCUGCAAAGCUGCGGUUGAUCCUACCUCGCUCAAACGGCACUUACUGUAUAAAUCUACGUCUGCUCUAUAGCGUCAAAAAGUUUCAUGCUGAAACCUCUGCUUUCAGCGGAGAUCGGAGGGUUCAAAGGGGGACAGGUGGGAGCCCGCAAAAGUACCGUGUCAGUGGCUUCUUUUCUUAACUUUCGGAAACACUGAAGCCGUGUCUUGCAUCUCUCUGUUGAAUCAACGCAUGGCCCGCAUAGAAUAGAAUAUGGGGGACAUCUCAUGCCGGUUUUUACAAUUAUUCUACCCGAUAAAGCCGAGAUAUUCAAUUUAGAAGCCAUUCGUUCCAACGACCUGGAAAGAUCUGGGUCAGUCCGAUUUCUGAAGCUCUUCUUCAGAGCCGGAGCCUUUUCUGUUUUGGGUCUACCGCUUCCUGGGAACCUCUGGAUGCUGCCAACAUCCCUAAACAUAUAUGAAGUCCGGGUGACAGUUGUACGGAGAGAACCACAACGACAAACAAUUUUCUUCCGGGAAAAUUCUUUAGAAAAUAAAAACACAUUUUGGUACCUCUUCGCAUUUUUGUCCAUAUUGCAAAAAUGUGAAGGCAAAGUAAAAAAGGGAUUUAAAGGGUUUGCAAGUGACUGGUUUGUGGUCAUAAUGGUCACUUUUUCCCUACUCGUACCGCUUUUCGUGGCGAGACACAAACGUUUUUAUUUUUGUCCAUUUUUUUUGGCGCACCCUGUAUUUUCAGUCGAGCCGAGCGCACACUAAUAUUCGUCUCCCUUCUCACAUUACUCUUUAUCAUCGCCGAAUUAAUUGGAGGAUAUUUGGCCCACUCUUUGGCCAUUGUUUCGGACGCGUUCCACAUGAUCUCGGACCUUGGCAGUUUUCUGAUCUCAAUCACGGCGAUUCAUUUGGCGAGGAAGAAGCCGACCGCCCGCUAUUCGUACGGCUUUCAACGGACCGAAGUGCUGGGCGCGCUCACUUCCAUCUUGAUUAUUUGGAUUCUCACGGGAGUUCUGAUUUACAUGGCCAUCGAGAGGAUAUUGACCAAUGAUUUGGAGGUGGAAGUAAGCGAUUUUUGAAGUUUUUUGGGAGGUUUUUAGGGGUUGAUGCAGAAUGCCAAAAAUUUGAAAAAGGGUUGUAAAAGUCAAAAAAAUGUAUGUACUCGUAGAAUAUGUUGUAAAACAGAGUUCAAGGAACAUUAUAUGCUAAUCUUAGAAAAUUUUUUGGCCUAAAAUACGACUUUUGUUUGCAUUUGUAAAAUUUUGAAUUUUGCCAAAAAAAUGGUUGUAAACGAUAAAUUGAUAAGAAAAAGUUUAAAAAAAAGAGAAUUUAUAUCACCUGGCUUUUCAUUUAACUCAUUUCACCUUUUUUCAGGCCGAUACGAUGAUGAUAACGGCCGGAAUCGGCGUUGUCUUCAAUAUGGUCAUGGGAGUCUGUCUGUACUUUGGAAAAGCUGGCCACUCUCAUUUCGGAAUGUCUCAUUCACAUCAUCAUCAUGGUAAGAAUUUUGCGCAUCUUCUCCUGAACGUAUUUUAAUAAAAAUAAUAAUAAAAAUUUUGCCGAAAAUUUAUGGUUUUUUUGUAAGCCAAUUUGCCCUACAAAAAAUUCAUUUGUUUUCCUAAAAUUUAUUUUUCUUUUCUUUCAUUUUACUUUUCUAUAAAUUUCAGGUCACUCCCAUGGGCAUGGCCAGAAAGUCUCAAACGUGGAGAAUUUAUCGGAGAAGACGAUAAAAUCCAUUGACGAAGAGGCGCACCAACAUCAUCACUCGCAUCAUCACCAUCACCAGGAAAAUAUCAACUUGAGAGCCGCGUUUGUUCAUGUUCUCGGUGAUCUGGUGCAAUCGAUGGGCGUUCUAUUGGCGGCCGUUAUCAUCAAGUUUACUGGUUUUACGUUGGCCGAUCCAAUUUGCACAUUUUUGUUUGGAGUUUUGGUUUUGGUAAGGAAUUUUGCGAUUUUAUCAAAAUUUCUGAGAUUGGCGAGGUGCGCCCUAGGCUAGAAGUUGAGUAUUUUUCGUUUUUUAAGCUAAAAUACGGUAUUUUAUUGAUUUUUGUCAAAAAAUGAAUCGUGUGUCUGAAUAGUCUAGUGGAUGUUUUGUUUCCCUAGUAAUCAAAAGGACGCGAGUUCGAUUCCGGCUGGGCGCAAAAGUCAAAAUACGCUAAUUUAAUGGGGAAAAUGGCUCUAAAUAGGCUCGAAAUGAUCCCCAAAUUUUAGCUGACCACCCACGGCAUCUUCAAAGAUACGAUUUUGGUCCUAAUGGAGGCCACUCCCAAUCACGUCUCCAUGAAUAAAGUUCAUGAAGAUCUGACUUCAAUUGAUGGCGUCUCAAGUAUCCACUCGCUGCGAAUUUGGUCGCUAAAGCUUGAUUCGACCGCAAUCUCCGUCCACUUGGAUAUUCAGCCGGGUGCGGACGUGAGUGCGGUGGUUCGACAGGCCCAACAUAAACUGCAACAUGAACAUGGAAUUGAUUACAUUACUGUGCAAGCGCAAUGUUCGUUGAGCAACGCGAGCAGCGAGGUGCAGUUGCUGGGAGUUUAG